AUGUCAUGAUAUAGCCAGUAAGCUUGCCCUCUAGAAUGGUGUAGGCGGGAUUUGAACGCCCAUACGGUUAUAACGUCAGCAGUCGUUGGGUUGGGAAAAGUGCAUGCUAGUGCCUGCAUCGAAGUGAAUGAGUGGCGCAUAGACAAACCUGCCGUUUGUGAAGAUGACGAAGAUGGGCUUCCUGCGGCUGUCGUAUGAGAAACAGGACACUCUCUUGAAGCUGCUUAUCCUUUCUAUGGCAGCAAUUCUCUCAUUCUCAACCAGACUUUUCUCUGUGCUGAGAUUUGAGAGUGUUAUCCAUGAGUUUGAUCCGUAUUUCAACUACCGCACAACUCGAUUUUUGACUGAGGAGGGUUUCUACAAAUUUCACAAUUGGUUUGAUGACCGUGCCUGGUAUCCUCUUGGACGAAUUAUAGGGGGCACCAUUUACCCAGGCUUGAUGAUCACAUCUGCGGCACUUUACCAUGUGCUCCACUUCUUCCAUGUCACCAUUGACAUUCGCAAUGUCUGUGUCUUUCUGGCUCCUCUCUUCUCCUCCUUCACGGCCCUUGUUACAUACCACCUUACUAAGGAGCUCAAGGAUGCAGGGGCUGGACUUCUUGCAGCGGCCAUGAUCGCAGUGGUGCCGGGAUACAUCUCUCGAUCUGUUGCUGGCUCUUACGACAAUGAAGGUAUUGCCAUAUUCUGUAUGUUGUUGACAUACUAUAUGUGGAUCAAGGCUGUGAAAACCGGCUCUAUUUACUGGUCUUCGAUGUGCGCACUUGCUUACUUUUACAUGGUCUCAUCCUGGGGUGGAUAUGUUUUCCUGAUUAAUCUCAUCCCCCUGCACGUGCUGGUGCUGAUGCUCACUGGGCGCUUUUCCCAUCGCAUCUACGUGGCCUAUUGCACUGUCUAUUGUCUUGGUACCAUCCUGUCCAUGCAGAUCUCCUUUGUGGGAUUCCAGCCAGUACAGUCUUCAGAGCACAUGGCAGCUUUUGGAGUCUUUGGCUUAUGCCAGAUCCAUGCUUUUGUUGAUUACCUGAGGAGCAAGCUCAAUGCCCAGCAGUUUGAGAUUCUUUUCAAGAGCGUCAUAUCAUUGGUUGGCAUUGUCCUGCUGUCUGUUGGUGCUGUGCUCAUGCUGACUGGUAAAAUCUCUCCAUGGACUGGGCGUUUCUACUCCUUGUUGGACCCAUCUUAUGCAAAGAACAACAUCCCAAUCAUUGCCUCUGUCUCCGAGCAUCAGCCAACCACGUGGUCCUCCUACUAUUUUGACCUGCAGCUGCUUGUUUUCAUGUUUCCAGUCGGUCUAUAUUACUGCUUCAACAACCUGUCAGAUGCCAGAAUCUUCAUCAUAAUGUAUGGCGUUACAAGCAUGUACUUCUCCGCUGUUAUGGUUCGACUCAUGUUGGUCCUGGCCCCAGUCAUGUGCAUCCUCUCAGGGAUCGGCGUGUCUCAGGUGCUCACAACCUACAUGAAAAAUCUGGAUGUGAGCCGACCCGACAAAAAGUCCAAGAAGCAACAAGAUGCCACUUAUCCCAUCAAGAAUGAGGUUGCUAGUGGAAUGAUAUUGGUCAUGGCUUUCUUCUUGAUCACAUAUACGUUCCAUUCGACUUGGGUGACAAGCGAGGCUUACUCCUCUCCCUCUAUUGUCCUCUCUGCUCGUGGCGGAGAUGGCAGCCGCAUCAUUUUUGACGAUUUCAGGGAGGCCUAUUACUGGCUCAGACACAACACCCCAGAGGAUGCUAAAGUAAUGUCAUGGUGGGAUUAUGGUUAUCAAAUAACUGCAAUGGCUAAUCGUACCAUCCUGGUUGACAAUAACACUUGGAAUAAUACUCACAUCUCCAGAGUAGGCCAGGCCAUGGCUUCUACUGAGGAGAAGGCCUAUGAGAUCAUGCGAGAGCUUGAUGUUAGCUAUGUUUUGGUCAUCUUUGGUGGACUAACUGGGUACUCAUCAGACGACAUCAAUAAAUUUCUCUGGAUGGUGCGCAUUGGUGGGAGCACAGACACUGGGAAGCACAUCAAAGAGCACGAUUACUACACCGCAACAGGGGAGUUCCGUGUAGACCGAGAAGGCUCACCUGUGCUGCUCAACUGCCUUAUGUACAAGAUGUGCUACUAUCGUUUUGGUCAGGUCUACACUGAGGCCAAACGCCCCCCUGGGUAUGACCGAGUGCGCAAUGCUGAGAUUGGCAACAAAGACUUUGAGCUUGAUGUUCUGGAAGAGGCCUACACCACAGAACACUGGUUGGUGAGGAUAUACAAGGUCAAGGAUUUGGACAACCGUGGUCUUUCUCGAACGUAAAACUCAACAUGGGGAAAAAGCACCUUUCAGCAUAGCACUGAAAGCCUUCCCGUCUUCUACAGAUGGGUGUGAAUUCUUUUAUAUUUUGUUGUUAUAACAAAAAGAGAUUUGUUUUCUUUUUCUUUUUUUCCUCUGAGAAUUGUCUCAUCUGGAACUGAUAGAGAAAAUGACAGUGCCCAGUCAAGUUCAUCAAGUGAUUCUGAAAGAUUCCAAGUUCUGUAAGGGCUUUUGAAGGUAAAACAGUGAAAUAAAUGGAAAUGUUGGGAGAAA